AGGAAGUUCGCCUGGACCAGCUCAAAUUUGCACGAGAUUUGCCAUUGAGUCUCUUUGUCUUUUUGGCUACCAACGUGUUUCCUUGUGAAUUAUAUGACGCUAGCAUUGCAUGGACCCAGAAGUGUAUUCUGACCACAGUGGUUGAUGAUUUCUUUGAAGGCGGAGGGUCAACAAAAGAGCUAAGGAACUUCGUCACGCUGAUUGAGAAGUGGGACAUGCACGCAGGGAUCGAAUUCUGCUCUGAGGACAUAGAGAUCCUAUUCCGGGCUGUUUAUGACACGAACAACCAGAUCGCAGCAAUUGGUGCCAAGCUACAGAAUCGCAGUGUCAUCGACCACAUUGUUGAAAUUUGGGUUAAGUAUGUGAGGACCUUAAUGAUCGAGGCUGAGUGGACAACGAAAGGGCAUGUCCCGACCAUGGAAGAGUACAUGUCAGUCGCAGAGACGAGUAGUGCGUUGGGUCCCGUUGUGGUGCCAUCGUUGUACUUGGUUGGGCCAAAACUUUCAGACGACAUGAUCAGGGAUCCAGAGUACAAGAACCUGCUGAGAUACUUGGGCAUUGGCAUUCGUCUCAUAAACGAUAUUGGAACUUAUGAGAAGGAGAUGAGUGAAGGGUAUGUUAACAGCGUCCUGCUGCGUGCUUUUGGUGACGAUGCAGUGAUGUCGCCGAGUUCCAUCGAAGCAGCAAAGAGAGAGAUUCAUGUCCUCCUGGCGAACUCACAGAGGGAGCUGCUUAAGCUUGUGCUCAAUGAGGGAGGUCCUAUUCCUAGGCCCUGCAAAGACAUCUUCUGGAACACGUACAAGAUUGGGCGCCAGUUCUACUCUGAGGGGGAUGGCUUCAACAUGCCGCAGUAUCUUGUCGCCGCAGUGAAUGCGGUGAUUCAUGAGCCACUGCAGCAAACACCUUCAUGAAGCUAGCCAUGGUGAAUUCAUCGUCGCAAAAAAAUAUAUUUAUGUUUCACCCAUUGUACGGCUUUUAAACAUAAUAUAUAGUGCCUACCAAGU